AUGGAGUUUGCCAUAAGGUUAACACACCUUACCACCCACAAACGAGCGGGCAAGUGGAAGUGUCCAACAGGGAAAUCAAAAGAUAUCCUGACCAAAACAGUGAAUGCGACAAGGACUGAUUGGGCAAAGACAUUGGAUGAUGCAUUAUGGGUGUACCGCACAACAUUUAAAACUCUAACUGCUAUGUCUCCAUACAAGUUGGUAUUUGGAAAAGCAUGCCAUCUUCCGAUGGAGCUUGAGCAUAAAGCCCUAUGGGCACUGCGGCAGUUGAAAUUGGAUAUGGAAACCACAAGCACAAGUAGAGUCACAGAGCUACAUGAACUCGAGGAAUUCCGGUUCCAUGCAUUCGAGAAUGCAAGAUUGUACAAAGAAAGGAUGAAGAUGAUGUAUGAUAAGCACAUUCUAGAUCGCAAUAUUGUACAAAGAAAGGAUGAAUAUGAUGCAUGA